AUAUCCCACUCUAUGCCAUUGCUUCAUAUUCUUGCUCACCUUCAACUCCUAUUGGCUAUAAUUGUUUUUCUUCAUUUAUAUGGAUAAUUUACUACUAGAAUCCUACAAUACAAAUACAAGAUCAGUUGCAAAAAUUUAUAUCAUGUUAUCCAACUCACCUCUCUCUAUAUAUAACUAGUGUUCUGGUGUCUGUUAUUAGUACUGCACACACACACACACAACAUAACAUGGGUGGUUUAGGAGGAACAACUAGCCUAAGCCCCGUCUGGCUAUGGAUUCCUGCUUUCAUCGCUGUUAUUGUUGCUGUAAGUGUAGCAUCAGCUGAGCUCCAACGCUUUGACCACCCUUCUGUUAAAGCAGAUGUCUCACUUAGCUUUCUCGUCAUUGGAGACUGGGGAAGGAAAGGAACCUACAACCAAUCUCAAGUUUCUUUUCAGAUGGGAAGAGUUGCUGACAAAUUAAACAUUGACUUUGUGGUAUCAACCGGAGAUAACUUCUAUGAUGAUGGAUUGACUGGGAUAAAUGACCCUGCAUUUCAAUAUUCCUUCUCAGAUAUCUACACCGCCAACAGCCUUCAAAAGCAAUGGUAUAAUGUCUUAGGCAACCAUGACUACAGGGGGGAUGUUGAAGCUCAAUUAAAUCCAAUUCUUCAGAAUAUUGAUCACAGAUGGUUUUGCCAAAGAUCUUUUAUUGUUCACACUGAAAUCGCUGAGUUCUUCUUCGUCGAUACAACUCCUUUUGUGGACAAGUACUUUUUGAAGCCAAAGGAUCACAAGUAUGAUUGGAGAGGUGUACUUCCAAGGAAGAAGUAUUUAUCAAACCUCUUGAAGGAUCUGGAAACAGCAUUAAGGGAUUCUACUGCCAAGUGGAAGAUUGUUGUGGGACAUCAUCCUGUACGAAGCAUAGGGCACCAUGGCGACACCAAAGAGCUCUUAACACACCUCCUACCAAUCCUUGAGGCCAACAAUGUUGAUAUGUACAUGAAUGGGCACGACCAUUGCUUGGAACACAUAAGUAGCACCAGCAGCCAAAUACAGUUCUUAACUAGUGGUGGAGGUUCAAAGGCAUGGAAAGGGGACGUUGAUAAAAGUGGGGGAUAUGGAGUCAAAUUUUACUAUGAUGGCCAAGGAUUUAUGUCAGUUGAGCUUGACCAAAUGAAUGCCAAAGUUGUCUAUUAUGAUGUUUUCGGCAAUGUUUUGCAUGUUGUGAAUCUGUCCAAGGGAGUAAAGUAUGCCAUAUAAAUUACGCUGUCGAAUCUGCAUCUAGAUAUUCUAAGGAAGCUCCUAAUUUAAAUAAGUCGGGGGAAAUUUGUGCCUUUUUAAUAAUGCUAUUAACAAGCUUAAUUAUGAAUUAUGCAUGUAUAUAUAUUAUUCAAAGAAGAAGCAGCAGCCUCAACUGGAUGCAUUGAAAACUUCCAUUCCGAUUAUCCGGAGAAUGCUUCUGCGAUCACUCUAAGGAGUAAGGACGUAUCACACAGCAUAGCCAAUUCCUGUUAUUCAUGCAGCUGAAGAGUGAAGACUCUAGGAUAUUCGGACAUAUACUUAUAUUAUACAGCAUUUGUUCAUUAGAACUAUAUUUCAUCCAAAAUUACUGUCAUAUUACGUGACAUGUAUUAUUUUGGCAAUCCAGUCUUUUAUUUGAAACUAGCUAAUCUAAUGGUUCCGAAGUUGUGUUACA